UUCAUAAAAUAUAUAUUUUCAUGAUUGUUCGGAUAUAUCCGAUUAUGCUCAAUUGCCAAGAAUUUUCGAUAUAUAUUAUUCUUUAUUAAAUUAUUUUCUUAAAUAUUAAAGUAUAUUAUAAAAUACUUAAUUAUUAUGUCUAUAAUAACAGUUUUAAGACAUGAUAUCAAUUUAAAAUCAUUUUUAACUUAUUACUCUUAUUUUUCAAAAAACAAUUUACAAUCUUUAUCAUCAUUUGCAAAAUAUGCAGAACAUAAAUCAUUGGAAAAAAUUCGAAAUAUUGGUAUAUCAGCACAUAUUGAUUCUGGAAAAACCACCUUAACAGAACGAAUAUUAUUUUAUACUGGAAGAAUAACUAAAAUGCACGAGGUGAGAGGUAAAGACAAUGUUGGAGCAACAAUGGAUAGUAUGGAAUUAGAAAAACAAAGAGGCAUUACAAUUCAAUCUGCUGCAACUUACACUCUAUGGAAAGAUCAUAAUAUUAAUAUUAUUGAUACUCCUGGUCAUGUUGAUUUUACUGUAGAAGUAGAACGAUCUUUACGUGUUUUAGAUGGAGCUAUACUUGUAUUAUGUGCAGUAGGUGGUGUACAAUCACAAACAAUAACUGUAGAUCGACAAAUGAGAAGGUAUAAUGUACCUCGCAUAGCAUUUAUUAAUAAAUUGGACAGAUUAGGUGCUAAUCAUAAGAGAAUCUUGAAACAGUUAAGAGGAAAAUUAAAUCUUAAUGCUGCAUUUUUACAAUUACCUAUUGGUUUAGAAAAUAACAAUAAAGGAAUAAUAGAUUUAAUUAAUCAAAAAGCUUUAUAUUUUGAAGGAAACUUUGGUGAAGUUGUAAGAGAAGAUGAAAUUCCAUCAGACAUGAGAACAGAAACACAAGAAAAAAGACAAGAGUUAAUUGAACACUUGAGCAAUGUUGAUGAAUAUCUUGGAGAAAUGUAUUUAAAUGAAAUACAAAUUUUUGAAAAAGAUAUAAUAGAUGCUAUUCGAAGAUGUUGUAUAAAAAGAACUUUUGUACCAGUUCUAGUUGGAACUGCUUUAAAAAAUAAAGGUGUUCAACCAUUAUUAGAUGCAGUUAUAAACUAUCUGCCAAAUCCUGGAGAAGUUGAAAACUAUGCACUUCAAGAGAAUAAAAAUGAAACUGUUAAAAUUUUGUUAAAUUCUGAAAGAAGUAACAAACAUCCUUUUAUUGGAUUAGCAUUUAAAUUAGAAGCUGGAAAAUUUGGUCAAUUAACUUAUUUUCGUUGUUAUCAAGGAAUGAUAAGCAAAGGAAAUACUAUAAUUAAUACAAGAACAAAUAAAAAAGUUCGAAUUCAAAGACUAGUAAGACUUCACUCAAAUCAAAUGGAAGAUGUAUCUGAAGUUUAUGCCGGGGAUAUUUUUGCUUUGUUUGGAAUAGAUUGUGCAUCGGGUGAUACAUUUGUCAAUAAUUCUAAUCUAAAGUUAUCAAUGGAAUCUAUUUAUAUACCUGAGCCUGUAGUAUCGAUGUCUAUUCAAAUAAAAAAUUCAAAAGAUCGGGAUAAUUUUUCAAAAGGUAUCGCACGAUUUACCAAAGAAGAUCCUACUUUAAAAUAUUAUUAUGAUACAGAUAAUAAGGAAUCUUUAAUUUCUGGAAUGGGAGAGUUACACUUAGAAAUAUAUGCUCAAAGACUUGAACGUGAAUAUGGUUGUCCUAUUAUACUUGGAAAACCAAAAGUUUCGUUUCGCGAAACAUUACGUGAACCUAUCGAAUUUGAUUAUCUGCAUAAAAAGCAAACAGGAGGAGCUGGGCAAUAUGCACGUAUAAUUGGAAUAUUAGAACCAUUACCGACAGAAAAAAAUACUGAACUUAUAUUUCUUGAUAAAACAAUAGGAACAAAUGUUCCAAAACAAUUUGUUCCUGGUGUAGAAAGAGGAUUUAAAACCAUGUGCGAAAAAGGAUAUCUCUCUGGUCAUAAAAUAGCAGGUGUUAAAUUUACAUUAUUUGAUGGUAUGCACCAUAUCGUGGAUUCUUCAGAAUUAGCAUUUUUUCUCGCUGCAGAAGGUGCAAUGAAAGAAUCAUUUUUAAAAGGAUCAUGGCAAAUUUUAGAACCAAUUAUGUCAGUUGAAAUAACUACUCCUGUGGAAUUUCAAGGUAUAGUUACUGCUCAAAUCUCUAAACGACAUGGUAUCAUGACUAAUACAGAUAACAAUGAAGGAUGGUGUACAUUAAAAGCAGAAGUUCCAUUAAACGAAAUGUUUGGAUACAUUGGCGAAUUGCGAUCUACUACUCAAGGGAAAGGAGAAUUUACUAUGGAAUAUGCAAGAUAUACACCUUGUUCACCAGAAGUAGAAGAACGAUUAAUAAGAGAAUAUCAAGAAGCGAAUAAUUUAUUUUCGCAACAAAAUUAGUGAAUUCA